CUUUUCAAUAUGAGACAUCUUCCAUUUUGCUCCGUAUUAUGGUCACUCUCACAACUCACAACCUUCCUGUUGUGGAGUGAGCCCCCCAUUGCUCUUCCCUCCUUUGUCCUUGCCAAACCUCAAAAAUUUACUCUUUCCUCCAUAAAUACCACCUUCAUUUACCCUUUUCUUGUCUCCCUUCCUUCUUUUCUUUGGUUCUUUUUCUCUUUAUUAUAGAAUUUCAACAAGAAAAUCUACCAAAAAAAUAAAGACAAAAAUAGCAACUUUUCUUCACAAGAAUGUUUAAUUGUAAUGGAGAUGAUCCUCGUGUUCAUGAUAUCAAAAACAAAAUCAGGGUUGUUCCCAAUUUCCCUAAACCUGGAAUUAUGUUUCAAGACAUAACUACUCUGCUGCUUGAUGCUAAGGCCUUCAAGGACACAGUUGAUUUAUUUGUGGAACGUUACAAAAGCAAGAACAUUUCUGUUGUGGCAGGCAUUGAAGCUAGAGGUUUUAUCUUUGGUCCUGCUAUUGCGUUAGCCAUUGGUGCCAAAUUUGUGCCUUUAAGAAAGCCAAGAAAGUUGCCAGGGGAAGUUAUCUCAAAGGAAUAUGUAUUGGAGUAUGGCAGGGAUUGUUUGGAGAUGCAUAUUGAUGCUAUUGAACCUGGUGAUCGUGCUUUAGUUGUUGAUGAUUUGGUUGCUACUGGUGGAACACUAUGUGCAGCUAUGAGUUUACUAGAACGUGUUGGAGCAGAGGUGGUUGAGUGUGCAUGUGUCAUCGAACUACCUGAUUUGAAGGGCCGUGAGCGCUUGAAAGGAAAGCCAUUGUACAUCCUGGUGGAAGCUCAUUAGUACAGCCACCGCUCUUCGAGAUCCAACUCCUAUAAGUGUGCAUAAGUACAGCACUGGCCGCUUCACUGAUUCAGAUUAUCCUGUUUCUGAUAUAUCCUCUUAGCUGACCGUUUCCUAAUGCCCUUAUGAAUCUGGAUAUCGCUGAGAAUAUUUUCGAACCAUAACGUAAGCAACCAAGCAUAAAAAAAAGAACGUGCAAGAAUACGGGCUUCACUUCAGCACGAGAAAAGUUCUUAGCAUUCCGAGGGCUUUGUUUGCCCUUGAUUAAGCAGGGACUGUUCUCCCUAGCUUUACUGCAUUAUGGUUGUAAAUUGUAUUUGUAGCUGACAUAUCAAACUGAGCUUUGACUAAUCUAUUUAUUUGUUAUACUUUUAUCCCUUGUUGAGGUUCAAUAGUUUCUUCAACAAGCACUUCAAGGGCAAAGGUUUUCGGUAGUUUUCCAUCAUGGUAAAAACAAAGCCUAAUUUCAAAAUUAAGUGUCGAACAAAGUAUUUCAGUAAAUAUACGUCUUUUACCCGAGCCUAAGGCGAGGCAUUUUCCGUUGUUAGCAA